AUGAAGGUAUUUUGGAUUGCAGCAAUCUGUGUGCUGACGGCCUCUUCUAGUCCCAUUCCGGAGGAAGAACGUGUCAACGGCGAGAAUGGGUGGUAUGUACCCAAUGCUGAUGGCUCCUUUGAAUGGAUAUCGAUUGACGAGGGCGAAAACAUGUUGGAGGAAUUAGAAAAUCAACAAGAAAUCGAAGGUCGACUUUCAACAGUGCCUGUGACCUUCUACUUAUAUACAAACCAAAACCCAACCAAAAAACAAAAAAUUACCGCAACUGCAACAUCAAUUGGAAAUUCUGAUUUUGAUGCAAGCAAUCCGACGAGAUUUGUGAUUCAUGGCUGGUUACAGAGCUACUCCGCCGACAUGAACGAUCAUAUACGCUCUGCUUGGUUGGCCCGUGGCAAAUACAAUGUAAUCGUCGUUGAUUGGGGACGCGCUCGUGGCGAAUAUGCGACCGCUGUAUCGGCUGUGUCGGCGACGGGCAAGAAAGUUGCGUCCAUGAUAAAUUACUUGGUAAAGGAUCAUGGUAUGUCAUUGGAUACGACUGAGGUGAUUGGCCACAGUUUGGGUGCUCAUGUAGCUGGUUAUGCUGGUAAGAAUGUUGAAGGCGGUCAGCUGCAUGCCAUUACUGGUUUGGAUACCGCUCUGCCACUCUUCAGCUAUAGCAAGCCGAAAAAGCGUUUGAGUUCCGAUGAUGCCGCCUACGUGGAGUCCAUUCAUACCAAUGGUGGGCAAUUGGGUUUUCUGAAACCAAUUGGUAAGGGCGCUUUUUAUCCAAAUGGCGGCAAGAGUCAACCUGGCUGUGUCUGGGAUUUGACUGGCGCUUGUGAUCAUGCUCGCUCCUGGGCCUACUACGCAGAGGCAGUGGCACGUGAUAGUUUUCCCAGCAACCGUUGUGGAGACUAUCAGGAAGCUGUGAAGGAGUCAUGUGGCAGUACAUACAGUGGUGUGAAAAUGGGUGGAGUUACGAAUGCGUACGUGGUUUCAGGUGAAUACUAUGUACCUGUUCGCAGCUCUGCACCCUACGGUUAUGGUGCUGUCUGA